CGUUCCGUGUAAAUGCAAAACUUAUUGUAUUUUCUGACAACAACUGACAUGUCUGCUAUAUAAGCAUGUUAUAAUUGUGAUUGAUUCAGUACAGAUACAAACACAAUGUUAUUUAAAACUACUAUUGUUUUCGCAGCAUUAAUCGCCUUUCAGGGUGCAUCUUCCUACCCUCAAAAUGCGGAAGAAGUGCGCGGUUUGAUCGCCAAUUUCCGUGAUGCUUCAAACGAAGCUAUGCACGAAGGUGGUGAAAAACUGAAACCUUUAGUAGAAAACAUCGAAGAGUCUUCCAAAACAGCUGAAGAGAAAGCUCAAGGUAUCAUUGAGGAAUCCAUUAAAAUCGCAAAGGAUGAGGUUGAUCUUAAGGAGCAAGAAGCCAUAAAGGAAGGAGUUAAUGCCUCUGAAUGCGUUAAAGCUGCUAAUGGAGAACUCGCAACUUUAUUGGUACGUCUCACCGAUGAGGUUAAGAACUGCGGAUCAAAUGCGCGCCACGAAAGCACUGGUCUUGUAUUUGAGGUCUUGGAUACUUCUGGAAGCGAAGCCUACUACAGACGUGAAGAUUACUACCACAAAAUGGAUGCUUGCAUUGAUAAAGAGAGUGUCCCUUGUUUGGUUGAUCUUAAAGCUAUUAUCGCAGAAGACACCGAACUUUAUCCCAAAGAGCUUGUGGAACGUUUCGAUGUAACAGCAAAUUCUCUUGGUAACAUCGAAGAUGAUAUGAACGAAUGCAUCGCACACACCGAAGACGCAGUUUCCGUUCAAUGCGAAGAGUAUCUCAGAGAAUUUAAUGAAUGCAUCGAAACCAACAAAAAUUAAUGAAGUGAUCUAUUAUGUAAAUUAAAAUAUCU